GUUUUACUUUUGUGAACUUUCACAACCUCUAAGAGAGAGAGAGAGAGCCAAAAUUGACUUGCUAAUCCCCAAACCACUAUCCCUGAUUGUGGUCCAUUGAACUUGAAACGUCUUGCACAGACACGCAUACUCAAUUUACAGAAGUUAGCAGUAGUGGUUGGAACCAUUAAACAAAGAUUAAUGGCUGAAUUGUACACUAUGAUGAUUAGAAAUGAACUGGUUUCAACAUAUAUAUAUGGGCUGAAAGAUUAUGUAUUGGAAGGUAAACAAUGAUAAAGGUACAUACGAUGUUUAAAAAAGUAUGCCGCUUCAUUCGUCAACAUCAGAAAAAGAUUCUAGUAGGUGGAGGUGUUAUGGUAGGAGUUUUAUGGUUGAAUAAGUAUCUCCACAGUAAGUUGGUAGACUUUGAGUUUAAAAGGACAACUGAAUAUGUAGAACAAUUGAAGAAGCAACAACAUUUUGAGGGAACCCUUCAGACAUGUGACUCAUCAACAAUAUCUUUGGUACCAAAGGUGUGGGAACACCUACUCAUGCUCCUAGAUUUUGACCAGGUUUUGGAUAUGUUGAAGAUCAAGUCUGGAAACAAACUUCAGCUAUGGGAGGAGCUGAAGAUAAAUAUUAUUAGUUAUGCAGUGUGUGAAGUUUAUGCUACAAGCUUGUUUGUGAUGUUUAUGAGAGUGCAGCUGAGCGUAAUUGGGGGAUACAUGUAUGUUGACACCCAUUGGCAAAAGUCUGAAAAUGGCAUAAAUUUUCCUCUAGCCACAGCAGAAGUUCAACAGAAAUAUUUAGCAUGCAUCCAACACUUUCUUGACAUUGGUGUGAAGCAGCUUGUAAGGCUAGUCUCUGAAGCUGUGAAGAAACAGUUUGGUAGUGUGAGCUUGAAAGAUAAUCUUUUCUUAAAAGACUUUCACUCCCUUCUUCAAAAUGUCAAACUUGAUAUUGCAGGAACUCAUGGUGUAAUUCCAAAAGUGAGUGAGUACUUGCUUCCUGAUGACCCUGCUCAUCUUCCUUCUGGUUCAUCUGCUUCAACAACACCAUUGGUGUUGUCUAAACUUUUGGUUGAAACCAGUGACAUAUUGGAAAGUCCAGACUUUGUGAAGGUAUUGUCUAGCUGUGUAGAUCAAGGGUAUGGAGCACUCCUGGAUAAAUUGUCUGAAUGUUACUUUCAUAUAAAUCAAAGUAAUAAAGACAGAUUUACCAAUCCUUACAAUGUAAAUGUUCCACUUGCCAAAGUCAUUCCAGUAUUAAAAAAAGUGCUUCAGGAUGUUCCAGUUGAAGAUAAAAGUUUAUUUACAUAUCAGUUGCUGCAGUUAGAGCUCUUGAAAUCUUUUUCUGCCAACAUUUAUGAAGCUUUCUCCCAAUCUGUUGAAGAUUCUAACCACAGCCUAAAUAAACAAGUCCAAACAGUGUGAACCUGUAUGUAAUUCAUACUUGUAUUUAUCAUUGUAGUUGUGCUAUUCUGUAAUUAAUCCUAGUUUGUUUGUUUUUUCAAAAGGGAUUAUAUAUAUAUAUACAGGUGUACAUUAAGACUAUCAGUUAUCAAAUAGAUAUUUUCUUCUGGACCAACUUCGUACUGUAAGGGAUCAUUAAUAUUAUAUGCAAAACAUCAGGAUUCAAUUUAUCAGUGAACAUGUUAAAAAUAUGAUUAUUCAUUUAUAAUUUUAAUAAAUUGGGAUGUUUGUAAAGGUUUCCUUGUUUUUUUCAAGAAUAUAAAUGUCUUAAUAUCUUGGUUAUCUAUUGUGUGAUUGUUUUUUUUUUAUGAAGUAAUAUUUUUGCUUUUCCUUCAGUUAGUAAGAUGUAAAACCAACCAUUAAAAGAAGGGCUUUAAAAUUGUACCCAGUUUUCAGUAACUAAAUCAUUUAUUAUCUUUAGGGUUAGUACAACCCUAUAUUGAUUUUUGGUUGAGAUUGAGUUGUUGUCUCAGUUUUAUAUAUAUUACUGAAACCUUAAUUACAGUAAUUGCAUUUAUUUUCAAGAUUACAAAAUCACUGAUUAAUGAAAUUAUUAAGCAAGUUAUGGGGAUAAUAAUAAUAAUUGUUAAGAAAGAAGAACAUUAAUAGUAGUUAUAAAAGGUUGUAAUAGAUGAUUAUGUUUUGAAAUUAUUAGUGUUGUGAAAUAUCUAAUUAACACUAAGCUAAACUAUUGUGUUUGUAAUAAGUUACUGAUAUCUUUGACUUGGCAUUUUUGUAAAUGGGUACAGUUCAGCUCUGUGGUAAAGCUGUGGAUUCACAUAAUGGGAUACUCAAAAUAUCUCUUCCCACCAUCACACACACUUUAAGCUGUGGGUGCAUUACAUGAGUGACAGUCAGUACUAUAGUGUGGAUGAUGGUUGGAAGGAUGCUGCUGACUUUGUGUUCCAUCUGGUUAGUAGUUCAAAAUUAGGGAAGGUGGCAGAUUGACAUAGUAGCUUUUCCAUAAAUACAAAUUUCGUGUAAAUAAACGUAUUAUGUGAAAAGAAAGAAAAGAAAGGUUUAAUGUAUUAGUUAAUAGUCCACCUGCGUUAGUAUGAACAGAAAAGAACAACGGAAAAACUAGUUAUGUUAAAUAUCACAAUAAUAGUAGUAAAUAUAUCAUGCAAAUAAUGAAUUGAAAUGUUGUAUCGUCUAUGAUGAUGGUAAACUGUAUAAUCACUAACGAUGUGAAAACGUACUAUUACUUAUAGUUAGCGGGAUUUCAGUGGUUGAGGAUGGCUAAGUGAUUAGUAUGUCGAACUGUUGGUCUUGUAUUCACAUACAAUUAUACCAAACAACCAAAACCAAUGGUGCUCCGCACUUUGGGGUCAUGGAUGCGUUCUAAGAGUGACGGUAAAAUUUCAGUAUUUAGUCAGAUG